UCGUGACGAGUUGCGUGUUGAGAGCACAUGUCAUGAGGAGGAAAAUAAAACUUUUAUCAUCAAAAAUGUAUCACAAUCAUUGAAAAACCGUACCACAUUAAAUAUGCGAAACUAAUGUAAGCUUCUUUUCUCAAACUCUGGGGGAUUAAUUUUUGUUUAUAGCUACGAGAAACCCACUACGGGCAUAAAUGAAUAAACAGACCUUUCCCAUGAUCAUACAGCCGCGUCAGUGCAUGUGCAAUUGAAUAAUACUGGUCAGACGUUAGUCGAUUGAUUGUUAACACACUGUUGUUGAAAGCCGUCGUUACGCUCCAUUCAGAUUACUGUAUGACAAAGCGCACAGCUUGUUACCAAUCAAUUUGUUUAAACAAACGCCCAGCAGACGACCCAUUCUGAGGCCGCAGUUCUAUGAGACAUUCCUGCGAAGGUGGGAUCCAGUAAGCAGACGAACUAAAUUACUUUCCCGCCUAAACGAAACACGUACUAAAAGGGACAAUGGAGAAGAUGUUGGUUUAUGUGAGAGUCUUGGAAUUAACAUUUUUAGUGAUGGUCAUAAUUCAAGCAGGUAGCGUGACGGGAGUGUCCAAUCAGAGCCUGCUUUUCACCGAUCUGUUUGCGAAGUACCACAAUGAGAUUCGACCGGUGUGUGGGGAGGACAAGCCGAUCGUCACAAAGGUUGGGAUAUCCAUACGACAGAUCAUUGAUUUGAAUGAACCAAAACAGAUUUUGACAAUCAACGCCUGGAUGAGACUGAAUUGGUUCGACUGUCAGCUGCAGUGGAAUGCGUCAUCAUAUGGAGGAAUCGACAAUGUGAUUGUUCCGUACGAUAUGGUGUGGGUUCCUGAUAUUACCCUGUACGACAAUGCUGGCGACGGGAUUUCAGGAUACAAAGAUUACCGAGUGAGCAUCUCCCACACCGGCCACGUCUCGUACAACUUCCCCACCAUCAUCAACAGCCUGUGCAAGGUGGACGUCACGUACUUCCCCUUCGACACCCAGGUGUGUCACCUCCCGUUCGGUUCCUGGGCCUACCACGGCUUCCAGCUGGACGCCACAAACCAGUCGGCGGCGGGCGACACGUCGACGUUCCUCUUGAACGGCGAGUGGGAGCUGGUGGGGAUUCCCGUGGUGCGUCACGUCCUAGUGUACUCCUGCUGCCCGGAGCCGUACCCGGACGUGACGUUCUACGUGACGAUAAAGCGCAAGUCGCUGUUCUACGUACUCAACCUGCUGUUUCCCUGCAUCCUGAUCACGUCCGUGUCGCUUCUGGGAUUCCUGCUGCCGCCGGACUCCGGGGAGAAGAUCUCCCUCGAGAUCACUGUGUUGCUGUCUCUCGCUGUCUUCCUCCUCGUCGUGUCCGAGACCCUGCCUCCCACCUCGGAGAAUUUCCCCUACAUAGGUCUGUAUUUCGUUUUGUCGAUGAUGCUGGUGACGUUUUCCACGGUGUUGACGGUGGUGGUCCUCAACUUCCACUUCAAGGGUCAGCACGGCAGACCCGUGCCGCGGUGGAUCCGCUCCUUGUUUCUGGAGAAGCUGGGGAGACUACUCUGUGUGAACAACAACAGCGAGAAAUCGGUCCACCCCCAGACCUUCGAAGGAAACAAGAUAGACUACAACGUUCAGAGAUACCCCGCCUCGCAAUAUCUGGUUGGUGAAACGAAUCAGGAAAACGACUAUGGCAAGCCUGUCACAAACGGCGUCAACCACUAUCACCACCAGCAUAGCGCGCCGGAAAGCAUGUUUUCCGAACCGAACGCGCAACAACAACAACAACAACCGGAAGUACAGAACCAAUUCACUCCCCUGGUGACGGUGCUCAAGGAACAGCUGUACGUGGUGCAAAAGAUCAAGGACGUGUUCGAUUCGAAGUCCAGGCAGGACCACGUGUCCUCCGAGUGGAUGCGAGUCGCCAUCAUCUUAGACCGACUCUUCCUCGUCCUCUUCUCGCUCAUCUCCGUGACGUGCACGCUCGGGAUUCUGCUCAAAUCAGCGACAUGAAACACUUGGGAAAAGGAAGGAACCUCAUUUCUGAGCCAUGUCUUCUAAUACCUCAGUGUAAAUGGUUGUAUCCCAGGACAGAAAACAGACUGAGUUCUGUAUUCGUGCAGAUACUGACGCCAUAUAACCGUAAAUAAAAUUUGUUGAGUGCGUCGUUAAAUGAAACGUUUCCUUCGUGUGGCUACUCAAUGGUCUGUCAGACAUAGACAAAAACGAAAUACUGGCCCUAAACGGUAUAACUUUGAGUGAGAGGACGUAGCCCAAUGGUAAAGCGCUCGAGUGAUGCGAGGUCGGUUUGGGAUCGAUCCCCGUCGGUGGGCCCAUUGGGCUAUUUCUCGCUCCAGCCAGUGCAUCUCGACUGGUAUACCAAA